UUCAAGUUCAGUAUCGCUUGAGAGUUCCUUGCGUUAGUGAGUUCCUUACCACACCAUGGCGAGUGCCUUCGAAGACGACACAAGAAUGGCUUGCAUGUACGGGGAUAAGUGUUACAGGAAGAACCGCGUGCAUUUGCAGACCUUCAAGCACCCGGACAAGAGGAAGUGGAGUGACAGCGACACCGACGAAGAGGAAGAAGAAGAACAGAUGAAAUCCGAGAACAAAAGACUGUGCACCACUUCACCCUCAAAAACGAAAGAUGACUUUUUAAUUCCGGAGAGUAUCGCCAAUGAUGUGGCUUUGAUAAUGAGUCAGAGUUAUAAAAUAGAAGAGGAUGACGAGGACAGACCGCUAGAACCCUCGCCCGAGGUCGUUCACGAAGACUACCCAGUCAAAGAGUCUCCCGAAGACGUCAGGCUGAGCAUCGAGCAGAAGUUCCUCUUGGAGAUGCCUGACGAUUUCUACAACCUCUGGGAUCUGUGCGUCAAACUCAACAAAGAUAAACCGGAAGAGGCUCUUAUCAAAGCAGGGCUGACCCUGGUCGGACCAUAUGACGUCUUAACGGGGAAGCUGAAAAACAUUAAGGAGCGAAAAGUGUCGACUUAUUUAUGCCACUGGCGGUAUUACUACGACCCUCCAGAGUUUAUGACUGUCAUAGCAGGAAGCGAUAACGAGUUCCACAUUGGAUACUAUAGGGAUGACCCAUUCUUGUUACCAAACUUCGUAGCCUCCAUGUCAAACGUUAAGCCAGGGGUUGUGACCCCUCUGGGUGAAAACAUUUUCGCUGGUGUAUGUGCGUACUUGACUCAGAGGAUGAAGGAAGAAAACCCUUUCAAAAAGACUGCCCUACAGAGACUGUACAAGGAAGUGGAAAGUUAUGCCAAGUUGAAAAAGUUGUCCCUCGAACUGAGAACGCCAGCAAUGAAGGAGAGAAAAAAGAGGGUUGUAGCAAAGACCUUCAACAGUGCGGGCAUUGUGGUUUACGUGGACGAAACGGGCGUCGGAUAUAGGCCGUUGCCUGAGAGUGAUGCUACUCUCAGGAAAAUUCUUCAGAGAGUGACUGACGCCAAAACAGAUGAAGAACGGCUAAAGCAUUACGACGAUUUGCAAGAAAUCAUAACAAAUGUGCAGUUUGCUACCGAUGAAGGAGAUUAUGGAAUGGGCCUUGAGCUGGGGCUGGACCUUUUUGCAUUUGGGGGAGAAGUCUUCCACAAGUCCAUUUUCCAUCUGUUGAGCGUCGCGUAUGAACUGCUGAGCAGAGAGCCAUACAUCGACAUCAUACAGGCGCACCUGAAGAAUCGCCGACGUGGGAGCAACCUGAGCAUUCUGGAAGUUGUUGAUGGUUGAUGUUAACAACGAUCUCAAGUAAUUUUUGAAUUUAGCUAGUCUGUGGGGGGUGCCUCUUUGGUCUUUGGCAGGACACAAGAAAGUCAGAACACUUUUGUCCCCUCUGUUCUACUUAAUGUUGAUUUACCAACUUUCCAUAUUUGCUCGUGAUUGUCUUGCGCUAAAAUGCUGUCAAGGAAACUGUGUCAUGGGUACAAACAUAGUAACAACCUACUUGGUAAAGAUGAAAUGCUCUGGACAUCUUGGAGUGUAAAAGAUCAUUCCAUCUUUGUGGACGCUUUUGUUUUUUAAAUCCUAAUAUAUGCCCUGAUUGGGAGGAGCGUACCUCAAGACAUUUGCCUGUAAUUUCAUGGAUUUUUGGUAGAUUCUUACAAGCUGUAAUAGAGGGAAUGAGUUCAACGUUUGACACUGGUAUUAGACUAGUUUAACUGUAUAAAAUUUACUGUAUAUUACAGUAACUAUAGUAAUCAUGUUCUUUUUUUUCUCUCUUUUACAAGUUGGGUGUUCCUGUUUUUUAAAGAAAGAAAUUCCUCUUGGAUCUCUUCAUCCUUCAAAGGUUCUUUCGUAUAAUUUUUGGUCUGUGAUAAUUUUUCUGUUUAAAAAUUGAUGUAUUGUUUUGAAGGGUCACAUUGUGUCGAAGGUCUUCUAUCCCUUGACUCUUGAUGUAAUGCAUUUAAAUAUUGUACGUUAAUCCAAAUACAGUUUGCUUAUAUGCCAGUAGGGAAAUAAGCAUCCAUCGUAUUCAUCCCGGAAUAUGUUCACAUGAUAUCAUUUGAUAACCACUUGAGAUAUCUACCUCACCACAUUGAGAGAGCAGGUACUACUUUACCCAAAUACAGAAUGGAUUGAGGAAGCUUCUCUUGAAAAUUUGGCCUCUAGAACUAUUAUCUGAUAUCCAACUACCACUGCUUAGUUGAAAGUUACCAGCUGAAUUGUAUAGGUGAUUAGUCACACAGUGAUUUAAAAGAAUGUGUUUUUAUGGGCUUUGAUAAGGAAAUUGUAAGUUGUCAGGUAAAACCAAAAGAUGUAUCCAUUGAUAGAAAUGUUAUUUACACAAAAUAAAACAGAGAGAGGUCAAAGUAUUACUGGGAAAAGUAAAAGAUAUGUGUCCUAUUUAUUUAAUGCACUUAGUUGGUUUUGUGUGAAUGUCCCAACAUAUAUGCGACAAGUAUUGUAAAGUUUUCAAAACAAAUCUGUCAAAGAAAUUGUGCAGUAUGUCCAUUAUUUUCAGUUAACUCAUUAUAUGAUUUUUACAAACCUUUAGGUCAGCACAUGAAAUUGAAUUUUAUCAUCUCAGUCAGUGGUUAAACUGCUUGAUAAUGAUAAUUGAGUUCUUAACCAGGUUGUAGGAUAUUGUUUAACAAUGUGUUACUGCCUUGAGUAUGAUAAAAAUCUUUUACUUUGUCAAGGUGACAGUAAAGCUUAAUAUUUCACUUCCAAUUGAAAAUUGACUGGCAUCACUACGAUUUGGCUCUCGUUCGUAGCUAUAGUACUUUCACAUGAACCGUGCAUUUGAUGUCUAGGGCAGUCCCUUACGACGCUCCUAAUUGGCUGUUGAUAAGCCAAUCACGGCUGGAAACAGUCUCGAGUAAGUUCACAUAGGCAGGAUGCAUGUUCCACCCCUCCUGAGGGAUGCUUUUGAAAGGCUUAGUCAGGAGAGGUGGAGUAUAGAUCCUACCCAUGUGAACUCUAGAGAGAGAGAGUUAGUUUCCAGCCCUGUGAUUGGCUUAUCAACAGCCAAUCAGGAGCGACGUAAGGGACUGGCCUAGACAUCAAAUGCAUGGUUGACGUGAAUCUACUAUAACCGACACCAAGUUGUUAGCAAGUGAUAAGAUUUUAUACUCUGACAUCUAUAUGUGCAUAAUUGAUUUGGUUUUUCACUUACUACAACUAUAAUUGGUUUUUCCAGUUUGAUUGCUGCUGUGGCAUAUCACAGAUUUGUAUGAUAAUAAUUCAUGUUGUAAUAAGAGCAGCAGUUUUGUUCAUAAUUUUAGAGGAUAAAUACACUGUUUGUUAAUUAUUACGUACAAUCUUUUAUAGGUGCAGGUGAUCCAUUAAAUGGCAAAGUACAUAACUAAGUCACACCUUUAUUAAAUAGUUUUCACAAAACACUUGAGUCGAGCACUAGAACUCCUCAGAAUGAUAAGGAACAAAAUAAGUGUAGCCUUAUGAUGCUUGUGACUUGAAUUUAUGAGUGUUCUUUUCAAAUUUUGAGCUUUGAACAGAUGCCUUCUUGAUUUCAUUGUGCCAUACAUUCUCGCAACUGCACUCGAAUCUACUCUAGAAUGGCUGAAAAUAGGCAGUUACUUCAGUGACUCCCGGCCUUUGACUUAAACUUAAUUAGGUAAAUAUAAUUCAAGCAAAAGGAAACAAGAAUUGAGGUUACUCCAUUAAUUGAGAAUAACCUACAGACGUAUAACUACUUGCAAACAGAGUACAUCAAAGCAGUCAAAUAAGAUUUGAACAUAUGUUGACCUGGACUAAGGGUCAGGCAGUGGGUCUGAACAAUGUUUUUUGUGGCCUUGAUCUUCACCUUUACAUACUCGCUUAGCUGAACUGCAUUUUAUACUUGUGUGUUUUUACGACAUCCAGACUACAUUGUGUAGUACAGCAGAACAAGGAAAUGUUAAAAUGUAAUCUCUCAGGUUUAUUGGUAGGAAGAGUGACCAGUGCAGAAUUGGGACAGUCGGAGAUUCUUUCGUGUUGCUCUACAAACUUAGAGCACUGCUUCUUAAAAGUAUACAGACACCACCCUACUUACAAACGAGUUAUGUUCCGGACAUCAUUUGUCUAUUGACGUCUUUGUAAGUGGGCCAAGGGGAGUGCUCUGAACACAAUUUUAAUUUGCAAUCCUCUGUGUUUGUAAGUUGAAUGUUCGUAAGAAGGGUGUUGUCUGCACUGAACUUCUUAAUGGAAGACUUUAUUCACAUCCUGUGUUUAGUGCCUUAUAUUUAUUUUAUUAUAUGGUAGCCCUUUUGUGAAGAUGUAGACUAAUGCUUAGAGUAAAUAGUGUAUGUCUUAAGUUAGUCAAGCAUGAAGUAAUUGACGAACAAUGAUCUCGUAUUUGCUGUAUUGUCACUUUCCUAUUUUGUUUAUAUUAACAUUUUAUAUGCCGCUACACCACCGAUGAGGGAUGUUUGAGUGUGAAUUUUGUAUUUCCUAGAACUUGUUAACUUAAUUCAGUAUAUUAGUUGUGCAAAUGUUUAUUGUUUACAUGUCAUUAUUGCUUUUUCACGUAGGGGAUGCAAUAACGGAAGCCACUGUCUUCGUAAAUGUGAAAAUUAUCCAGUGGGAAACAAUUUGAACUUGCAUUAUUAGUCUGUACUCUUCUAUUCAUGAAAUUAGUAAUGUUUCCCAUGAGGAGGAAUAAUGUUAGAUUUAUUCUAGAAAAGAGCAGAGAGUCAAUGUGGUGAGUUGAGUUUAACAUUAUUCAACUGAGUUCCCAUAAUAAAGUGUCAAUAUAAGUAA